AUGACCAUGAUCUUCAAAAAGGGCGACCGUGAAGAUCCAGCAAAUUACAGGGGUAUCGCACUCGGAAACACAAUGACUAAGUUAUUCACUGAAAUUAUCAGGAGAAGACUCGAAAGUUGGGUCGAAGAGGCUGGCCUUCUUCCUGAGUCUCAGCAAGGUUUCCGGAGAGGCCGCAGUUAUACAGACGCUAUUUUUUCUCUCUUCACGGCUAUCCACCUCCAAUUACGUCUGGAUAAGCGAGAAGUCUACGCAGUCCUUGUAGAUUUUAAAAAGGCUUUCGACAGUAUCCCACACGAAAAUUUGUGGCGAAAGCUGAGAGAUAUUGGAGUAAGCUCCAAGGUUAUCAACAUUCUCAUCUCCCUGUACUCCCAGGCAAAUGUCCAAAUCAGGAGCCAAGGUCAACUCUCCAACAUGUUUGAAGUGACGGAAGGUGUCCUGCAAGGGGAAACCCUUAGCCCGCUGCUUUUCCUACUGUACAUCUCUGACUUCGAAAGCUUUUUCAGAUCCAGGGGCUGCAGCGGGAUCAACCUAAACGGACGCUCGGACAUCCUGAUGCAGCUUUUCGCUGAUGAUGCGGUAUUCCUGGCUGAUACCCACGUUCGCCUUGGCAAAAUUCUAGAGACCUUCCACGCUUACUGCUCCGACCAAGAUCUUGCUGUAAAUACGUCUAAAAACCAGAUUUUAACUCUGACGAAAGCGGGCAUUCCAAGGCGCAUAAACGUCAAUUUCACCAAAUACAACGGGACACCUCUCCAGCAAGUCCAUUCCUACACCUACCUUGGUAUCCGUAUUUCUACCACCGCCAGAUUCAAAACACCUGCGCAAAAUGCCAUUCAAAAGGCCAAAGCGGCAUCCCUGAGCACCUUGGCCAUUAUCAACAGAUCCAAAUGCGAUAGCUGGGCUUCAUAUUUGAAACUUUUCGACAGCAUGGUUGCUACGACUCUCUUGUAUGCUGCCCCGGCGUGGGCCAUUGAUGCCUGGGAGGACAUCGAGGUUAUCCAGACUGAUUUUUUCAAACGUCUCCUCUCUCUUCCAAGAGGUACUGCUCACUGGGCUGUGAGGAUGGAAUCUGGUCAAACCCAUCUAGCCCUCAGAUCCAUGAAGCAAACCUGA